AUGUUCAGACCUACGCAGUGCAUGCAGGCUCGCCUGCGAUUGACUACAAAGCAAGUCGGCCCAGGUUAUUACAAGGGAAACCGAACAGGUUCAAUGGGUCACUUCGGUCGUAAGAAGGGAGUGUACAUAAUCGACUGGGAAAAGGUCCGUACUUAUGUAGUACCAGAGGGGCUCGCAGAAUUCAAGCUCACUCCUUUUGUAACGAAACGAAUGGAACCGACGAGGACGUUAUACACAAAAACAAUUGAUCACGGCGACAAGGAGGCGACAUACCCUCGAGGAUACACUGGCAAAGAUUUCUUGAAGGAGUGGAGCGAAGAGAACGAGGCCGAGGUCGACGAGCUGAGGUUGCGCCAGGAAGAAAUCGACGCUAAUCAACAGCCAACCGAGACACAGACUACUAAGAACGAGAAAGAAUAA